CAUUUCUUCUUCAGAUAUGACAUUUUAUAACGCAACUAAAUCUUUGGCAAAAAUGAUAGACUCACAAGGAGAUUGGAUUCCAGUACCCAGCUUGAUAGACCAGAACAAUUUUAGGCCCUUUUGCCUGCUGCAAAAGAAAAGGAAGACAUCGUGGUGGCAGAGCUGUCCUUUUCUCAAAACUGACUAUCAGUUACAUCAUCUGCUGUUAUCAGGAAAUGACACUUCAAGUCUAGUUCAGAAGGAUUCAGAGUUAUUCACCCUUGAAGAAACUGUAGAUGGAAUGCUGAAGGGGGAUAUUAGUGGAAUUACUGACACUGAAAUAACUAGCGCUGUCAGCAUUUCUCAUGAAAGGUCUGUAAAGAUGAAAAAGAUACAUGUUCCAAUUGAAGACCUUGAUUCUUUGAUGAAAGAAAAAAAAAUCAACAAUGAACAUCCAUUUAUUAAACAAUCAAAGAAGCUUCAGAGGAACUUAUAUCUGAUCACUGCAUCAGCAGAAGCUGUGGAAACGACAACGUUUGGAGAAUCUAACAAAGUGGAAAGCAGCAUCUUUCAUAAAGCCUACAUCAAACUGAGCUUGGAGGGUGCCAGAGAUAGGAAGAAAAUAAUCACUAUUCCAAAGGGAUGCAUCUUGGCAUUCAAAGCUAAGAAAUUAUUUAUAGGAGAAGAAACUGUAGGUAUUUGUUAUUACUCAACUGAUAAAACAGGAACUUUUGAAAUACAAUUUUCGUCUGCAAGUGCAGAUUUUUUGAAAGAUGUGGGCAUGAAGCUGAAAAGGAUUGGAGAUGCCACGAAAAUAACAGAAAACACAGAUUUCAACACUUUUGUCUCUGUUUGGAAAGGCAAUAAGAAAAACCUUCGAAGGGAAGUUGAGGAAGAAUAUGUACCAUUUUCUUUAAUGUCUUUAAACCUGCGUGGCAAAUUUCUAACUAAUUUUGUGGUUCUAAUGAAGAAAUCUGACCUUUUGGAAAAACUGCAGCUCCAGCUGGAACAGGUUCUUGAGGAUCCUGAACAAUUCAGACUAAAUAUGGACGAAUCAGAGUUUAAGGAUCUGAUGGACAACUUGCAAGAUGUCAAAGGAGCAAUUGUCACUGAACUUGCCGAGGCUACCCUCUAUUUUCUUCAGGCUCUUGAUGAACUGACAGAAUUCCAGAUAAUGCUACUGAUAGAAUCUGUGGAAAAAAAGAUUGUAUCCCAGCAACUGAACCUGGUUGGAGGGAUCCUAGACAAAUAUUUUUGGAAUGAAAAACAGAAUUUUACUGUGGAAAUCCAGCAGUUACCUGAAGAGGAAUGGGAUACAACUGGAGCAUUAAUUGAAGAAAUAAGUGGAAUAUCCGUUCAACGAAGUGGAUGCACUGUUACCGGAUCUAUACUCCCUGAUUCUUCCUCAAACCUCUCUGCGCUAUAUGUGGCUCUAUUUGCAAUUGAUCUUCUAUCUAAGAAAAGUUUUUAAGCCAUUCUUGUAAAUCAGAGUAUUUUUGCAGAUAGAAAAGAAUCAUGCACAAAUGCAGCAGUCUAAUAUACUCAAAAUGAAAGUUGUAAUCUGAUAGCCUUAUUUGAAAGGAAGUUUGCCUGAGAAUAUCAAUUUAUAUUAGAUAAUUACUUCUUGCAUUCAAUUUUCCAUCACUGCUUUCACACAAAAUUCUAAAUCAUUUGGAGUUUGGCAUAGUAAAUUGUUCAAACUUAGAUUAGGGCCAGUCAGAAACCAUUACCAUGAGCCAUUGUGGUGCAGUGGUCAGAGUGCAGUACUGCAGGCUAUUUCUGCUGACUGCUGGCUGCUGCAAUUUGGCAGUUCAAAUCUCAUCAGGCUCAAGUUUGACUCAGCCUUCCAUCCUUCUGAGGUGG